CGGUCGUUUGAAGAAGCUCUUCACGGCGUUCGGUGUUCGGACCGAGGUGGACGCCGCGACUUCAGGACAUUGAUCUAAUAACCUACAGCCUCCAGUCCACAUCACACUGGCCUACUGCGGACGUUCCUGGUCUACAAGACAGCCCGGGCAUUUAGGUUGUGUCGCAAUCGUCGCCAUGCCAGACGUAAAGACGUACCGACUGCAACCGACGGCAUUGAUACCGAACUCACAGUAUCCGCUGCUCCACUAUCCCGGCUUACUAGCAGAUAAGACGGACUGCAAUGCUGCCAAGGUCUACGAUCUUUUCACAAGUAACGGCUGGGACCUGCAGUGGAUCUAUCGUUACGGGCCAACCCAAACGUCUCACUACCACUCCUCAGCACAUGAGUGCAUGGCUGUCCUCUCCGGCAGCGCCACAAUCCGUUUUGGCGUCGCAGACACCAGCGACGACCUGGAAGCCAGCACCCACGGCGCUGCCCAUGAGCAGGGCGGCGUGGAAGUGUUUGCUACCGCCGGCGACGUUUUUGUCAUUCCAGCUGGCGUGUCGCACAAGACUUUCGAUACGACUCCACCUGCGAAGUUUAAGCUGCUAACUCCUGGGGAUGGACAUGGUAUAGCCUCUGAUAAUGUCCGCCAAAGGCUUGCGGAGGUCGAAUUAUCUGGAUUCACCAUGAUUGGCGCCUACCCCAGGGGCGGAGUCUGGGACUUCUGCUCAGGUGGCGAGCACGCGCAAGCGAUGCAGGAAGUGUGGGCCGUACCAAAGCCGGCCGCUGAUCCGGUCCUUGGGAGCGUCAAUGAAGGCUUGUGUGGGCUGUGGCAGUAGUUAACGCCUUUCAAGCUCGCUGGUGCACACCGUAGGGCGAGCUGAGACGAGUCGGAAUAUCAAUGAAGAACAUGUUGUGGAGGUUCUUGUGGGACAUGCUGAUGCAUUGCGGGGCCUUCCUCUUUGUGACCAACUCGCUGUCGUGCAUCCAGCUUAGGGAUUGUGAAGCGCGAGGUGCCA